GUGAACUUAUAUAAAAAACGUACAAAAUGCAAUUAUAAUCAUUAGUAAGGAAUUGUAUAGAUAGAUUUUAAUAGUUAAUUCGUAUAAAAUGUAAAAAAAUAUAUUUUACAGCUGAAAACCGAUAAAAUGAAAACUUUUAGUGUUUAGAAGCCAUUGAAACGGUUAUUUACUGAUAUAACACUCCAAUAUGGGUAUUAUUUUCUGCUAUGCAUAAAUUAUAUUGAUUUUCAAAUGGCACGUUUGGAAAGGCAAGCCAGCAGGACCACAGGUCGUAAAGAAUUAUCUGGUCGGCAGAUGUGGUGAUGUGGAACACACAAUGCACAUAAAAGUGUCAUAUUCUUAAAUAAGAAGCUAAACAAAUUGAAUUUGCUAAUAGUACCACUUUUAAAGAAUCGAAGGUGCUUUUUGGUAUACUACGGAACGCAAAUACGUGAAUACAUAGCGAUAUACAAAUCUACACAAGCAGCUCACAUAGUCGAUUGAUAUAAGAAAUCCCAAAUUAAACUAUUGUGCAUUCAUAGUACAUUUAUGAUAACUGCAAUUGUACACAUCUACUCAUACGCCCCUGCGUAUUAUUUGCGUUCGUUCCUAAGCAGAGAAUUGUCUCCGUCAUUGCCUUGAGUGAAUUAGAAUUAAGCAUUUAAGUGAUUAGCUUAAUUUGUCUUUUUAGUUGCAAUAUGAGCGAAAAAAAAUCAAAAGUUAUGUAGAACAUGUAAUUGUCUUCAGUCGUUAAAAAGUUGUAUUUCCUAAUUAUAAUAAUGCAAAAAUGUAAUAGCGAUGAGCGCAUUACAAGCGCCAACUCUAGUCCACGAUUGCCUCAAAAACAUUUGUCACUAUUUGGUUUUCUGACCAAACGAUCAAGCAAAAUAGAGCCACAUCCGCGUGAAAACGAAACGAAGAAACAGGAAACAGACUAUUUGCGCCCAUCAUCAGCAUGUGGGAGUUACUUUGGUAACAAUAGCCAUGAUGUGACAUUUGCAAAAUGUUCUCCUGAUCGCCAACGUUCGCCGAAUUCUCCUCAAAAAGCAAAUGGAAUAAAGAAUAAUGCAUCAUCAGGAGCGAAUAAAAUACUACCUCCCAUCAGUAAUAGCAUUAAAAAUGCCUACGACACUAACGCACGAAAUUCUCAUGUACGUCGUCGUAGUAUUGAUGGCUCUCAAAGUGAUGGGGGUGCUGCUGAAGUGGUACUCCGUAAGACAGCUAAGUACCGCUCACCAAAUCAUAACCGCUUCAGUCACCAGUUUAGCUUAUGUUGUAAAGCCGAAAAGAAACCAAUGACACCGCCAGUAACAGUGCGUUACAAUUCAAUACCAGAUCCAGCCAAUACGUUGAUCAAACGUGACAGUCAAACAUUAUGCUGGAGUUUUGUAGAUAAUGCAUCUUUAUCAAUGCAGUCAUCCGAUGAAAAUACGUCCAUGCGAUUGCCAAAACAAGAUGAAAACUUAAAUAGAAUGAAUAUAACCGAAUGUUCAAGUGCGCCUGAGUCGCCAGUUACCUCUAAAGUGAUGUUUACAUCCUCGCACAGUAGUCCAUCAAAUGUCUCGCUCAAAAGUGGCCACAGUGAACAAGUGACAACAGAUCCAGUGGCUGGUAACCAUUUUCGCAGCCCCAUACGUCCAUUGCCUGUUUCUGCAUGUCGUUCACGAUUGCGACUAAAACUAUAUCCACCAGGCAAGGAAUUGCCAUCGCUGGAACCGAAUGCUAGUCAAGCAUCAGCCAAUGCAAUAAAACGUGCUGUGACGCCACAACACAUGUCUUCACCAAAUAUUGCGAUGCAACCAGAUAUAGCCAGGGAAUUGGAAGAACAUCAAGAGCAAAAUAUGCGUUUUAGUUCGCAUGAAAAUAUACAAAUACAAAAGUUACAAUCUAGUCAAGUAGGAUUAGCGCGACGGGCACUACUAAGUGCUCAAGUACUGAGUUUGAUACCAACUGACAAAGCUCGCGAAAGGAGUUUUAUGGAUGGGCACAUGGGAUCGUCAGCAUUAUUGGGCCCCGCUGAAUUGGACCGCGUUUUGCCAAAUAAAGAAAUCACAAUAUUCGUAGGAACAUGGAAUAUGAAUGGGCAAAAUCCACCAAAACAAAUGAACGAUUUUGUUCUACCACUGACAGUGGAGCACGUACCCGAUAUUGUAGCUAUGGGCACACAAGAAUCGAGUCCCGAUCGCUUCGAAUGGGAGGUGACAAUUCAAGAGACACUCGGUCCAUCACAUGUACUUUUCUAUUCAACAAAUUUGGGUACACUACAUUUGGCCAUAUACAUGCGCAGGGAUCUUAUUUGGUAUUGCUCAGCCCCGGAAGAUGCUUCAUUGUCGGUGCGUACCGGUACGGCCUUUCGUACGAAAGGUGCGGUGGCCAUAUCCUUUUGCCUCUUCGGCACCUCAAUGUUAUUUGUUACGUCCCAUUUGACUGCGCAUCAGCAGAAAGUGAAAGAACGUGUUUCCGAUGUGAAACGUAUUAUACAUGCAUUAGACUUGCCAAAAAACCUAAAUUUACGCCAUAAAAAUAAGGAUGUCACACAAAAUUUCGAUAAUGUUUUCUGGUGUGGUGAUCUUAAUUUUCGCCUAAGUGAACCGCGGGAGAAACUUUUGGAAUGGAUACAAAAUACAAAAUUUCCACUACCCUCACAUUUGCCACACGGUUACAUGCAUACCGAUCAAUUGUCAUCUGUUUUAUCGGAUGGUGCUGCUUUCCGUGGUUUCAUGGAGGCGAAUAUAACAUUUCCGCCAACGUAUAAGUAUGAUCCCGGUACUCAACAUUUUGAUACAUCAUCCAAGCAACGUGCGCCCGCAUAUACCGAUCGUAUUCUCUAUAAGUAUCGGCAAUUGCAGGGUUUAGGUAUAAGGCGCACCAGCACCGCUACAUCAGGUGCUACUACAGCUCAGCCUUAUGUAAAAUGUUUGUUAUAUGAUUCAGUGCCAUCUAUUACGACGUCGGAUCAUAAACCUGUUUGGGCUCUGUUUAAAACACAAAUACGUGCUGGCACAGACGCUAUACCAUUGGCAGCUGGUUUGUUCAAUCGUGAUAUUUAUUUGGAAGGCAUGAAAAGACGUUUAAAUAAUCAAUAUACAGGUUCAUCGGCAGUUUGUGCUAUACAAUAAUGUGCUUUAUGUUGCUGUAUGUAUGCUUAAAAAAAAAGAAGAAAAAUAGCAAAUGUAAAUACUCAGUAACAAUAUUUAUAGCUAAGUGAUAAAAUACUCAGUUAAAGUAUGUUUAAUUUAUUAAGUAAGAAUUAUAAUUCUUCUGCUGCUAGUCAACCAAAUUAAGGAAAGAUAUAAAUUAUACAUACAUUUAUAUAAGUAACAAGUGAAGAAAAACGGGAGCAAAGUAUAAAAUUAAUAAUUCAAAAAAAAAAACAUUAACAAAGACAUGGAAUCUACUAAAAAUGACAACUAAAGGCACUAAGCAUUGCACAAAUU